AUGGCUGACAUCGAUCGAGCGAUUGUAAAUAUACAACAACAAUUAAACAUCUCGUUAAAAAAUGAACAGAAAGAAAUACUGGAGUUGAUCCUACAGAAGAAAGACUGCGUUGGUGUAUUGCCCACGGGUUUUGGGAAGAGUCUUCCGUAUCAGUUGUCCAUAUUAACAAGACAGGGACUGACGGAAUCAGCUGAUCGAGUUGGGAAAGUUAUCGUGUGUUCUCCACUAGUAGCACUGAUGAAGGAUCAAGUCCAACGUGUGCACAGACUAACAGGAUGUAGAGCCGAGAUACUAGGCAAUGACAAGACAGGUGAUUUUGCCAUUAGAGAUGGUAAAGUGGAUUUCAUAUUUGGAUCCCCAGAGACUCUUGUUGGGAACAAAGAGUGGAGGUCUUCGUUGCAGAAACUUCAAGUUGACACCAUAGUAGUGGAUGAAUUUCACACAAUAGCAACAUGGGGUACAGAUGAAGACAACCAAAAGAAAGCAUUUAGAAAAUGGUUUUCUCACAUAGGAGAGCUUAGAUCUCUAUUUCCCAAAGCUUCUGUUGUGGCUCUCAGUGCUACAUGCACUCUGAAGAUUCAACAUAGAGUGAUGAAAGUUUUAUGUUUGUCACCAUCUACCAAGGUGAUCAAACUUCCACCAAAUCCAACCAAUGUAAAACUCUGUGUCUCCAAGGUGCCUUACAAUAUAGAACAUUCUAUGGCAUUUCUUGCAGAUGCAAUCACGGAUUCCAAUUUUCCGAAAACGCUGAUGUACUGUACUUCAAUAACAGACUGUGCAGCCAUAUAUAAUUAUUUGUGCAAAGAACUACCAGACUGUGAAAUUGAAAUGUACCACUCUGAAACAGAACAGGAAAAAAAGGAUUCAAUACUUGGAUUAUUACAGGACCCAUCAUCUAAAUGGAAGCUCAUUAUAGCGACCAAUGCACUGGGCAUGGGGAUUGAUGUUAAAGACUGUCACUCUCUCAUCUUAUUUGGAGCUCCAAGAUUAAUCGUGGAUUUAUUACAGGAGAUUGGGAGAGUGGGAAGGGAUCAGCAGCCUUCUCUUGCCUUACUACUGCAUCAUGGACACCAUUUGAGUCACGUCGAAACGGAAGUAAAAGAAUUUUACAAAGCUGCCACUUGUCGAAGACAGAUGUUGAUGACCAACUUCUUAUCAGAAUCCGAGAUGAAUUCGGUGAAAGUCCAGAGUGGCAACCACACUUGUUGUGACUUGUGUAUGAAAGACUGUUCAUGUUUAAACUGUACGGAUAUGUUAUAUCUGGAGAAGUCUUUCCUUGGGAUAAGCAUAGACAGUGCCGAUAGUGUCGAUAGUACAGACUCUGACUCUGAUUUCUCUGAAGAGCUGCUUGUAGGUGAUGAUUAUGAUGAGUAAAGAAUGGAACUCUGAAAGUAAUGUUCUCUUGUCUUAGAUCUGCAAAUUUACCCAUGAAGGAUAUGGAGAAAUGAACUGUUUUCAAUAUCAAAGUCCAUAAAACAAUACAAAAUAGGAGCAGAGCAAACACGGACCUUUAAAACAACAAGGUGGGAUAAGGUGCCAUGGAGGAGUGAGCAUCCCCUGCAGACCGGUCACACUCGCCGUGUGCUCCUUGUCAUGAUCGGGAAAUAACAGAAAUAUCUGUUAACACUUAGUAUGAAAAACUUCAGUCAGCAUUUGACUCAGUGAUAAAUUGUACAAAUUCAAAGCUUAUAUUGUAUUCAAACCUUAAGUUAAUUGCUUAUUUGUACAAGUAUUGUAUUUAUUGUUUAGUGGAAAUAUUUAUUG